AUGGGCAACGAAGAGUCAACCAUGGUGGAUGAUUCCAUCGCGCCCUCUGUGCUGGAGGCGCGUAGCAUCGAGGCUGUGGCUCAAUACAUUGAAGAGCAUGAUGUGAAGAAAGUGGUGGUGAUGGUGGGAGCGGGCAUCAGCACUUCAGCAGGUAUCCCGGACUUCCGUUCUCCGGAUACAGGCAUUUACGCCAAUCUGGCCUUCCUAGACCUGCCCGAGCCAGAGGCGGUCUUCGAUAUUGGAUUUUUCCGCCGGAACCCCAAGCCAUUCUACGCCCUGGCGCAUGAGUUAUAUCCCGGUCGCUAUCGCCCAACUAUCGUGCAUUCAUUUAUCAGGUUGCUCCACGAGAAGGGGAUGCUUCUGAAGCAUUUUACGCAGAACAUUGAUUGUCUCGAGCGCCAGGCUGGUGUGCCAGGCGAUAAAAUCAUCGAGGCUCAUGGCAGCUUUGCUUCGCAGCGCUGCAUUGACUGCAAGGAGACUUACCCGGACGAAGAGAUGCAUGCAAUGGUGUCCAAGGGCGAGGUUCCCCGUUGCCACCACUGUAACGGACUAGUCAAACCCGACAUUGUAUUCUUCGGCGAAGCUCUACCUUCGUCCUUCUUCGAUAGCCGUGAUCUCCCCGCAGAGGCGGACCUUUGCAUUGUGAUGGGAACCAGUCUCCAGGUGCAGCCGUUUGCCAGCCUGCCCUCUAUCUGUAGCAAUGGAGUGCCUCGCGUGCUUAUUAACAAAGAGAAAGUCGGAGGUCUGGGGUCCCGCAAGGACGACGUGCUCCUUCUCGGUGACUGCGAUGCCGGAGUACGCCAGUUUGCGAAAGCACUGGGGUGGGAAGAGGAACUUGAGAAGCUGUGGGAGGAGACCAACCCGAACCCUGAGGACCGGGCAGCGGAGACCGCUCCCCCGCAAACCAGGGAUGAGCAGCUGCAGCAGGAAGUGGAUCGCCUGGCGGAAGAAGUCGACCGAAGCCUGGGGUUGACAGAUGCGUACCAGAACAAAGUCCGCGAAAAGCUGGAGUCACACGAGGCACACCGCCAGUCUACGGGUCUGGCCCAUGUCUUCCCCCAUUUGGCGCGUAAGCUGUCACAUUGA